ACGACUUGAUAGAUACCCCGCCGCGCCUCUUUCCAACAUUGAACAGAUACUAGACCACCUUUUCUCUUAACCCAUUCGGCCGCCACCCCAAUUCCUUAAGUCGUACAGCUUAUAUUAGUCUUUCGGUAGCCUGCAGCAUCGUUUGUCUUAUAGCUUGUCGUUGGGUGGUGUCAUUCUAGGUCACCGUCGCACCCAAUUCUCGUGUGUUAGGUCUGGUAGUACGAGACGGGGCUGUCAGCUUGUCAGGCUUAUUCCUACAAGGGUCUAUAUUCGCUUGGUUGCCUACUCCGGCCGUUAAUUAAUUCGCUGUGCUGCCGAACCAUCUGGCCGAUAUUCGAGGAGAGGGGAGGGGCGUGGUCCACGAUUUCUUGCAAAAAUGGCUUUGCCGCUAUUUCUUCACUAUGACGAAGAUCGUUCCAUUCUCCUGUCCGAUUCCGACGACGAUGACGACCUGCUCCCCACUCCUCGCAAGCCAAUGAGAUCCGAUUCCAUGGAGCGCGACGAGGCUAUGCGUCAGAAGACUAAAGAUGCGGCAGCCAACGUCCCAACCCACCCCAUCCCCGCCAUGCAGCCAGCCUUUGCCGAGUCCCUGAUCGAAGCGACCGAUGUUCCCGCUGUGGCAAAACCAAAGCUCAGGUUCGCGGAUGCGAGGGAGCGCAGGAACUAUCUGUUAGACGGAGAAAAGGGGUCAAAAUUAUAUGGCGAGCUAUGGCGAUAUCGGGCGGGCCAACGGUAUCACGAGCUCUGGAAGCUUAUGGCCCAAAUCUCGUUUGGCGUGUACCUGCUUUUAAACGGAAUUGCGAAUAGCAAUGAGCAGGUGGUCGGCAUACUUCAAAGCCACAUCGACGAGGUGGAUGAAUUUCUGGAGACGACAUUGGAGGAUGUCGAGCUCGCAAUUCAAGAUAUCCGAGAGCGCAUUGACUUACUAAAAUUGCCCAUGGAAAAUAUCCAGACGUUCGAGCAGAUGUUGGAGGACCGAAAUUUUCGUUUGCAGAUAGUAACUGGAAACGAGAAGAUCGAACAUAUCAUUUCUCGGACGACCACCUCCCUCGAAGCAAUAGCUGGGGAUGUUAAUGAGGGAAUAGGGGCCACUAAGCAGUUUGCGACGUAUCUUGGUGAGCAGCAGGGUCGCGCCUGGCGUCAACAGCGGCCAGAUGUCGUGGAGAUAUUCGACGCGAUGAGGGGGAAUGCCCAAGGUUGGUAUAAAACCUUUCUCCAACUGCAGGGGACAACGUCAACUUUGCGCGGUCUUCUGAAUAAGCUUGACCAGAUGGUCAUUGAAAUGAAUUACCGCGCUGGUGAAGUGAGCCGUAGGACAAGGCAGGCAAGUGUUGCGCCUUUUUCUAGCCCCGUAGAGCCUCCACCAAAGAGUAGCGCGCGAACUUUCUCCAACCUAUCUUCUGAUAGACGCCCGCCUAAGCUUGAGCUUUCGAAGACCGCGUCUCAGAAAUCUGCAACGGGCUCGACAGCCACUAGAUCAACCGUGAUGGUUGUUCAAUAUAGCGCCCCGCUAGAGCCAAUGUCGCCGGUGGAGCUAGAGGCGGAUAGUGUCCCGAAUCCGAUUGUGACUAUCGAAGAAGAGCCGAAACCUGAGAAUGAGGCGGAUAAAGAGUCUCCCGUAGAUGAAGGUCUCUUCAUUUUGCAGCCGCGGACUUACACUCCGCAGCCGCCCGCACCGAUACCCUCACCAAGAGUCCAAGACCCGCCAACCCAGAAGCAGGAGGAGCAGCCGGUGAAGCGAACAUCUCUGCGUCAGAGGUUAUCCUCAAAGGGGAGCAAUCUACCGGAGGCUAUACAAGUUCCUCCUCGUAACGCCCCCGAACUCCAGAGACCGAGGUACCCACCUAUACAGAAUCAGUCUCAUUACCAAGGGUCGGACUCUGCGUACGGUUCUGAUAACGAGACCCGACAGCCUGUGCGUGCAAGGACGGAAUAUGGUGAUAUCGCAGAGGUGCCGCCGCUGCCGAACUUCACAACCACGAUACCUUCUCCACGUUCUGAUCAACAACAUUAUUUCCCAGUACGAGCGAGCCCCCACUCGCCUUUGCAACAAAGACCAUGGACGUCGGGUACGAAUGUCCAUCAAAACCACGUGCGGAAUCAGCCAUCAGCUAUGGGGAUGAGUAUGCUGAGUAACGUGACGACGCUAAGUCCGGAAAACAAGACAUUAAAGAAAAAGCGAAGUGCUUUCGGAUGGCUGAAGAAGGCAUUUUCACUCGAUGACGAAGAACGAGCCGAAUUUGAAGCCAGGAGGGCUCAGAAAUCUCCCAAUCCAUAUUAUGAUAGCCGAAGCCCACGGUAUCUGGAUGGAAAACGUCUGCCGGACUACGGACGCCGUUAACAGUUUAGUUGAAGAAAAGUAGAAGUGCUGCAGAAUCUGCUUACGAUUUUCGGACUUGGCAAUCGUCAGCGUGCAGCUAUUUUGAUGGAGCUGUAGAGCGUCAUAAAUGGCGAUCGAUGGAUCUGCAACUUGAGAUCGACAGGAACCUAAAAUCUUAAAUUGUCAAGGAAUGCCGCGGCUUAUGUGGGAAGCAAUCUGAGACA